GGGAGAUUAAUCUGGUUAAUUUUUGUUUCUCUCUCUAUACUAGUCUCUAAUAUCCAGGUUAGACAUUUUCUGUCUGUCCACCUUAGCAUAAGUGGCCGCUCAAAAGCACACCAGCAGUCACAUUAAUUACAUAAUCAAAAACCAAAUUGACCAUGGUGAGGAACACUUCAGGGAUGGCAUCUUGAGGAAGGCGAGACUAUUGGCAGACAAACUAUAAUAGGAAAUUUGAUGUGUUAAUCAUCAGUGAGGAAAAGCAUACAGUAUUGGAAUAAAACAACAAACUAACAAUGAGCUCAAAUGAUAAUUGUGUGAAAUGUAAUCAGUCCAUUACCUCUGUUUCACAUUUACAUGGUGCUUUUUGUAAGAAUUGCUUCCAAGUUUUUGUUAUUCAUAAAUUUCGAGCAGCUAUUGGAAGGACAAAGCUAAUUACAAAUGGUGAAGAUGUCUUGGUUGCAUGUUCAGGAGGAGACAACUCUUCUGCAUUAUUACAUCUGAUACAACAUGGGAAAAGUGAAAGUGCUCACAGAAAGCUACGAUUUAUACCUCAAGUUCUUUAUGUAGAUGAAUAUGGUGCUCUAGAAGUGUCAUCGGAGGACAGAAUGGCAAAAAGAGCAGAGAUUUUACAAGUUCUAAUUGCAGCAGGCUUUCCAGUCUAUGUUUCUAGUUUGGAACAGGCAUUAAAUCAGAAGAGAUCAGAGACUACUGCUAGAUCAGUCUUUGUUAAAGCUAUUACUUCCAACAUACCACUUCCUCCAAAUGUUGAAACAAGUGAAUUAAAAUCUAUUCUUUCCAGAAUUUCUUCUUUGACUAGCCUUGAAGAUUUUAUUAAACAGUUAAGAUGCCAGUUGAUUGUGACCAUUGCUACCGAACUAGGUAUAUCUAAAGUACUAACAGCUGAAAACUGCACUAAACUAGCUAUUCAAGUUCUGUCUUGUGUGGCUCAGGGAAGGGGAUCACAGAUUUCUCAGAGCACUGGAUUUUCAGAUUCAAGAAAUAAUGUCAUGUUUAUCCGGCCCUUAAGGGACCUGAGCUCUUCAGACCUUGCAGCAUAUAAUAAAUUGUUUGAUGUACCAAGUACAGUUAAUCCUAUUGUCAUUAAGAAAACUUCAUCUUUGAGUAUUGAACAUUUGACAGAAAUGUUUGUUCUAAGCUUGCUUAAAGAUUUCCCAUCCACUGUUAAUAACAUUAAGAGAACAUCAGAAAAACUGGAGCAAGCUGAUCUUAGACUUCCGAAAUGUUACAUAUGCAAGUCGCCACUAGAUAUUCAGAUGGAAUCAUCGUCAGCUCAAAGUGCUCUGAAAUUUUCUUAUAGUUUGUCACACUCCCAGAGUUCGUACACAAGGAACAUUUAUGCCAAGUUUGAUCAAGCCAGUGUUGCAUAUUUCUUCCUUGGGCGUUCUUCGGUGCCGCCGCUAGCCUGUAAAACCGAUGCCUUCUGCAACUGACUAUCCUUUCGUAGACCAUUGAAAAAUGUCCACAUAGUUGGAUGGUGGCAUGAAAAUAGAGAUUGGAGGGCGUGAUGCCAACCCUCCACAGCGUUAUUCGUUCGCGCAACAACACCGAUUACGGCCAGUACCAAGCAGCAAGAGUUAGCCCAUGCAACCUGUUAUGGUUGUUGUCUUACUUUAAAAAAUUACAAAGAUGAGAGCAACAGACCGGCACUACCAGUUUAUUUGACAAACUAACAAAUCUUCAAAGAAACAUUUUAGAAUGAUAGCACUUUAAAAUAGA